AAGACACCAAUUCAUCAGGCAUUCCAGAUGAUCUGAAUAGCAAGCUUAAGGGGAUUGAUUUAUCCGAAUCAGAGGUGACAGCUAUCGAAUUGCGUGAUUUGGAUAUAAAGACCAGUGCGGAAGAGUGUGAAUAUAGUUUGUUUGGGAAAGUCAUUGGAGACAGGAAAGCAAGCUUGUUGGGCAUACGACGAACAAUGAGCAACAUUUGGCAAAUUAAAAGCCCGAUGGAGGUAAAGGAGCUCAAAAACAAUUUCUUUCAGUUUAUCUUUGGAAAUAAGGAAGAUAAGAAAAAAGUGGUGGCUGGAGUCAACUGGAUAUUUGAAAACCAGUAUUUAAUACUGCGCGAAUGGGAGGAAGGGCUUCAUGAACAGCAUAAGACAUUCACAGAAUUAAAAUUAUGGGUGCAAGUGAAUAACAUACCGUUGAACUGGCUCUGCACUGAAGUUGGUAGGAAAAUUGGGAAGAUCUUUAACCAAAUUCAGAAUGUGAUUGUGGUCAAAGCAGGAGGUAGUCGAGGCAGUUAUCUGAGAAUUCUGGUGGGAGUAGAUGUAACCAAGCCACUACCCAGAUGUGCUAGCAUCAAGCUUCAUAAUUCAGUACAGCAAGUUACUUUUCAGUAUGAAAGAUUGAUCAAUACCUGUUACUAUUGUGGUAUUAUUGGGCAUCUAGAAAGAGCUUGUGAGAAAAGGUGUAAAGACAUUAAUACUGGGAAUGUGAAAGAGGGGCAAUUUGGGGACUGGAUGAAGGCUGUGGAUAGUCUUAUGGUGAGUAAACCCCCAAGUAUUAGCUCUCCAACUAGUCAGUCAUCUGAAGAAAUUCUCAAAAAUCAGCUGCUAUCCAAUAUUCCAACUGGACGGUCGGCAGAAAAUCAAACAUCCGGAAGCAACUCGCAUUCUCAAACUAUCAAGGUGACUCAAGUGGAGAAUGCUAAGAAUGUGGAGCUGAGUAAUGCUGAAAUGGAGGAAGACAUUGUUACCUUCAGAGGAUCCUCAGACUUAAUGCUUGAAAGGAAUGACAAAAUAACUGGUGAGGAGGAGAAAAUUCAGCUAGGGGUUGGGGAGUCUGCUAUGGAAACUGAAGUUCUUGUGGAGGUACCAAUUGAACUGCCAGAGGGGGAAAAUAAGAGGAAUCCGCAAGAACAGAAACAAUCUCCUUUGAUUAGAGGAUGGAAAAGAUUAAGUGGCAAGAAGCACCAGUUAAACCAGGAGAAUGAUUUUGUUAAGUCAGUCUGUAAGAAGAUAGGGUUUAAAGAUUGUUGGAAAGCUGUUGAUCCACAAGGGCUUAGUGGAGGUAUUCUGCUUCUUUGGCAGAAAGAUGUGGUUAUCAAGCAAAUUGUGGAGCAUAAAUUCUGUUUUGAGGUUGAAGUGGAGUGUAUGCCUGAGUUUCCUUCUCUGUGGUUGAUUUUUGUAUAUAUGAGUGUGGAUAAAAGCACCAGAGAAGACCAAUGGGACCUGCUUUGUCGAGCUAAGGCUAAAUGGGGAAAGUACUGGGUGAUUGGAGGGGAUUGGAAUGCCAUAAGAGCUCCGGAGGAUAAAUGUGGGGGCAGACCUAAAACUGUGAGAGACUGUGCAGGGUUUAAUGAGUUUGUGGCUAAAAUGGAAAUGCAGGAAAUUCAUUGCAAAGGCCAUCAGUUUACAUGGGCAAAUAACAGGGAGCAUGAAGGAUUUAUUGAGGAGAAGAUUGACAGGAUAUUUUGUUCAUUUGACUGGUUGGCCCUGAAAUCAGAGGCAGAAGUUCAGUCAGUCUUUCGAAGUGCUUCUGAUCAUAGAUUACUGGUAUUGGUGGAUUCUGUUCAUCAGGAGGCCAAAAGAAAGAGGAGAUUUUUCUUUGACAAAAGAUGGCUUAAGAGAGAGGGCAUCAAGGAGGUGGUGACUGAGGCUUGGGAGGUGAGAAAAGAGGGUACUCCCAUGUUCAAAGUAUCUGAAAAAAUUAAAGAAGCUAGAGUGGCUUUACUGAAAUGGAGCAAAGGGUUUAGAGCUGCAGAGAUUCAGGAAAAACAAAGGAUACCUGAGAAAAUGGAAGUAUUGAGUAGGAUGGGGGCAGACAGAGAUUGGUCAGAAUGGGAAAGGCUGAAAGUAUGUUUGGAUAAAAUUAAUUUAACAGAAGAAGAGUAUUGGCAUCAAAAGUCCAGGAGUCAGUGGCUUAAGGAGGGGGAUUCAAAUACCAAAUAUUUUCAUGCUCUUACUCUUCAGAGAAGGAAAUCCAAUCAAAUCCAUAGGCUGCAAGGGGAUGGAGGUGAAGUGUGGGAAGAUUUAAAAGAUAUUGAACAGUGCAUCUGUCAGUUUUAUCAGGACUUGUUUACUACUGAAGGCUCUGAGGGGGAUACUGAGAUUCUUAAUCUUAUUCCAGUAAACCUAAGCAAGUCAUCAGUGUUUUUCAGCAAGAGUACUAGCAGGGACAUGCAGGCAAAUAUUUGUGGGAUUUUUCAGGGUAUUCAAGUUCAAAAAUCUACCAGGUAUCUCGGGUUACCUCUAGGUAUUGGAAA